UUUAUGAUGGUAGAGGCGACUGUGUCAUCAACGUGCCUAUUUUUGCUCCCUGCCGCUCCAGCAUCCAGUCGCCCCGCAAUGUACGGUGAUCACAGACAGCACCGCCUUCCCUGACUUCUCCGUUCCUGUCUACUGUAACGUGAUGGAUCCCAACGUAAUGCCAACACAUUGCAGGAUUAGGAGCACAGAGACUGUCAGCUGCUCUGUGUAGCGAUGGGAGUGAAGGAUCAGCUGAUUGUUGACAGUACAGCGUCGUCUGCUAGGAGUCUCACCAGCUGUUUAUCGCUGUCAGCUGUCAAAUGUUGGUGCAGGACAGCUUCUGGUCACGUGGGUCUCUUGACUGCUCUCAUCAUCUACACCGUACUAGGAGGAACGAUAUUUCGUAAUCUAGAGUAUCCAUCGGAGGUGUCACGACUGACAGAACUAGAAAGGUUGGUGCGAGCCGAGCGCAGCAAGUUACUGACAGCUCUAGCAGCGAGUAACAACUCUCUAGCGACAGCAGAGGCCGUGAAUCAGUACGAGGCAGCUGUCCAGGCAGCAGCGCAGGGUGGAUUGUUGCUGCCUUUGUCACAAGGAGCUCCUCCCUACACUCUAGCUCGCUGGAGCUACCUCCAGGCGAUAUUCUUCGCAUCAACUGUACUCACUACCAUCGGUUAUGGGAACAUUACCCCCUACACUGUGGAGGGCCGGCUGUUCUGCAUCAUGUUCGCUCUGGUGGGUAUUCCGCUGACAGUGAGCGUGAUGGCGGACCUGGGAUCUCUUCUGGCGGGCUCACUGCCAGAGUUUCCUGAGCCAAGAGGACUGCAGGGUUCCCUGACCACGGCAGCCAUCGCCACAUCCAUCCUCCUCAUCUACAUCGCGGUCGGCUCCUUCCUCUUCAUCUCCUGGGAGGAGGACUGGUCGUUCUUCGAAGGCUUCUACUUCUGCUUCGUCACAAUGACCACUAUCGGCUUCGGAGAUCUUGUGCCAAGUACGCCCCAGUACAUGCUGCUGUGUACCUUCUACAUCCUGAUUGGCCUGAGCCUCACGUCUACCAUCGUGGAGGUGGUGCGGCAGCAAUACUCGCAGUCCUGGAGGCACCUGCAGGCCCUGGUCGAGACCCUUAGUCACUUGGCUACGGAACAUAACCCUGCCGACAUGCAAGCAGAUCUUCGCAACGUCCUGGCUGUCGUCAACAUCAACCAGGACAAGAACCCCAAGGGGUGGGAGCAAACCGUGAAACAGCUGUCGGACAAGCUUAACGAGCAGCGGGGAAAACCGAAAGUAGUUCAGAUCAUUGUGUACGAAUCAUCUGUUUGAUAAAAAGCACGAUUUCUCCACUCCUAACAGUUCUUUAUUUGAGGUUAUGUGCUAUGAUACCACGGGCUUUGCCAGUAUUGAUUAUUUCCCUAGUCUCUCACCGUUUCUGGUGUGUGCAGCAUGUGUUGUUGUGUAGUAAUGUAUGUGUUUGAUUUUUGAUACUUUCUUUGUUGUUUUAUUUGAUACCAUGGACUGUCGAAAAACGAUUUUAAUACGAAAUUACUUGAGUGAAAUAGUUGCAGACUUUUAUGAAUGUUUGUAUAAUUGUAUAGUUACAUAAGAAUUCACCAUGUUUCAAUCUGUUAUAGUUUAGUAGUAACAAAUUAAAUAUUUUUAUAUUACUAAAAAGACUUUUCAUUAGUCAUCACAAUAAUUUUACUAAUGUGUCAUUUUACAAAAUUAUAUCCUUGAAUAUUAUCGAACAAUUUUCAUUGUC